AUGGCGAACUCCAAAUUUGGUUAUGUCCGCUUAUCUGAGCUCGACGAUCGAUUACUUCCGCAGACCUUUGCAGUCAUCAGAUUAGAUGGGAAGGGGUUCACAAAAUUUUCGAGCGCCCACGCUUUCGAGAAGCCGAACGACCAACGAGCGUUGUCGCUCAUGAAUGAAGCGGCCAAACGUGUGGUGGAGUCCGAUCUUGGCAAAGGCGUGCGCGGGCGGAAAGGCAAUGGCGGAGGUAUAUUCUUGGCUUAUGGUCAGAGUGAUGAGUACAGCUUUGCGUUCAGUCGAGGAUGUGAUGCCUAUAACCGUCGAGCCAGCAAGCUCUUGACGACCGUGUUGUCGACAUUUACGGCUGCAUAUAUUUACCUCUGGCCUCAAUACUUUCCGGAAAGCCCUCUGGAAUUGCAUAACCUACCCACCUUUGAUGGAAGAAUCAUCCAAUAUGUAACCGAUCAGCAACUACGGGACUAUUUUAAGUGGCGGCAAGUGGAUGCGCACAUCAAUAAUCUCUACAACACUACUUUUUGGGCGCUUGUUCAGCGCGGAAAACAAACGCACACCGAAGCCCACGCUUCACUCAAAGGAACGUUAUCACGCGACAAGCACAGCAUCCUUUUUGAUAAGUUUCAGAUUAACUACAAUGGCGAACCCGAAAUUUCCAAAAAAGGGUCAAUUUUGCUGUGGUCAAGAGCCAAGACUGUCACAGAUCCUCCCCCAGUGGAUAGUAAAACAAAAGCCGAGGAUAUGGUAGAAGAAAGUCAGGUCAUACUUGUACAUGAAGACUUGAUCAAGGAUCAAUGGUGGGAGAGUGGGGCAGGGGCUGGUCUCUUGCUAUGA